AAACAAGAAAUUGACAGUGACGGGGGUAAGGGGGAUACCUAGUCAUAUUUUGCGUCGUUACUGUAAGCGAUUACGACUCUCAAAAAAACUGUUUACUUCUGAGGAUCACUUUAGCACCGUCCUAAAAACCCGAUUCAAAUUCGACACAAACCUUCAAAUAGCUUCUCAUGGCCUCAGCGAUGAACAGAAGGAGUUUCAGAAGAUGGCCUUUGACUUCGCAGCCCAUGAAAUGUCUCCACACAUGGCCGAGUGGGAUGAAAAGGAAAUCUUCCCGGUGGAGACCAUGCGAAAGGCUGCCCAGCUGGGGUUUGGGGGGAUCUAUGUACAGCCGGAGGUGGGGGGAUCUGGCCUGUCUCGCCUGGACACCUCGGUCAUCUUUGAGGCGUUAUCGACAGGCUGUGUCAGCACCACAGCCUACAUCAGCAUUCAUAACAUGUGUAACUGGAUGAUUGACACCUUCGGCAACACCGAGCAGAGGGAGAAGUUCUGCCCUGAGCUUUGUACGAUGGACAAGUUUGCCUCUUAUUGUCUCACUGAACCAGGCAGUGGCAGUGAUGCUGCUUCGUUACUCACUACUGCAAAGUUGGAAGGAGACCAUUAUAUCCUCAAUGGUUCCAAGGCCUUCAUCAGUGGAGGAGGAGACACAGACGUGUACAUAGUAAUGUGUCGGACGGGAGGGAAAGGUCCCAAGGGGAUCUCCUGUGUGGUGGUGGAGAAAGACACUCCAGGACUCAGCUUUGGCAAGAAGGAGAAGAAGGUGGGAUGGAACUCUCAGCCAACUAGAGCAGUGAUCUUAGAGGACUGCCACGUCCCAGUGACCAAUCGGCUGGGUCAGGAGGGACAGGGCUUCAACAUUGCUAUGAGAGGCCUGAACGGAGGCAGGAUCAAUAUUGGUUUUGAAAACACAACCAAUGCUCAGGUGUCCGCUACAUUCUUACAUUGGGUUUAUCUGCCUGCAGCCUCUUGUUCUCUUGGGGCGGCCCAUGCAUGUGUACAGCUGGCGAGAGAUCACCUGCUAGUACGCAAGCAGUUUGGAGAGGCGCUCUCCAACAACCAGUUCCUGCAGUUUAAGUUGGCAGAGAUGGCAACCAAGCUAGUGGCAUCACGUCUGUUGCUACGCGAGGCUGCCGUGGCACUGCAGGAGAGCAGGUCUGACGCUGUGUCCCUCUGCUCCAUGGCCAAACUCUUUGUCACUGACGAGUGCUUCAACAUCUGUAACCAGGCACUCCAGAUGCAUGGUGGGUACGGUUACCUGAAAGACUACGCUGUUCAACAGUUUGUCCGGGACAUCCGAGUACACCAGAUACUGGAGGGAACAAAUGAAGUGAUGCGGAUGAUAAUUGCCAGAAGUUUACUGUCAGAGUCUGGAUAAAUGUAAUGCCAUGGGCCAUCCAAAAUGGACUUUCUCCUGUCUUGAAGGGAUGGUGGUAGCAUUUGACUGGAUCCCUCAAGUGUCUUUUAAAGGGGGAAAAUUCUAUAGCAGUUUUGUUUUUGAGAUUGCAAACAGGACAGGAGGACCUAAUGACAGCAUGGAAUUAAAUGUUAUGUAAACAUUUAAUUUAGGUGAUUUAAAUAAUUUACUCAUUGAGAGAUACAGUAUGGAAGUGUAACAUUUCUCCAUGCUGUAUUUUGUGGUGAAGCUUUUUGGUUGUCUUGCAAUAAAAAAACAAUGCAUCUAUA